CAAAUGCAAAGAAUGCGGUGAAAAGCGUGAGAGUAAAAAGUGGUAUGUACGCUCAUUUUAAAACAAAGUGUAACAAACCAGUGAUGAAAUGCUCUUUAUGUUCUUUCCAGAAUACUGUAAAGGCAGCUAUAUAUAGGCAUGCAUCGAAAAGACAUUCUGGUAAAAAGAUAACAGUUUUAAAUCUACCUAUGUCUUCAAAAUUCAAAUUGAUUAAAAUACCAGUCAGACAAGACAAAGGGAUGUUGAAGCAUUUGCCCUCGUCGUCGAGUUUUGAUUCUGCUGAAUCGCUGUCUGAAGCUUUGUCGGAUGCUAAUGAAGCAGAUGGAUCAGACGAGGAACAAAUUAGAUGUCAGUUGUGCGUGUCAUAUUCAUGCGAGUCGGCCAUGAAGUUGCAGUUUCAUAUUAAUACAACCCAUCAAGGUACAAUGUUGUACUGCAAGGAGUGUUCCUAUAAAACACCAUUAGUGAGACACAUGAUGAACCAUUGUCAAAAUUUGCAUCUACAGAAAGUUGCUCGAUAUGCAAAAGAGCCAGUAAAAAAAACUGUCCCCAAUAUAAUUAAACAAGAAAAGGUAUCAAAACCAGUGAAUAUCAUCUCCGAUGAUCAAGUGGUUAUGGCCAAAUGUCCAAAAUGUGACAAGAAAUUUACAUCAGUGACUACUGUUCUGAAACAUCUGUACAUCCAUUUUAACUACAAACCAUUCUGUUGCAAGUAUUGUGAUAGUAAAUUUUCAAGAGAAGACCAUUGUAAACUUCACGUAAAAGCAGUGCACUCGGAUAAACCGGAGCAAUAUGACAUGAAAACCGAUGAAGCUAUAGAACAGAAAAUAAAGAAACUUUAUGAAAGUGCCAAAAGAAGUACAAUAAAACAAAAGAUGAUGCUUGGAAAAUUUAGACCAGCAAAAUUAAACAAAAUGGAGCUGAUAGAGGAAGGCAUUCGAAGGAAAGAUAAGCUGUUUUACUGUGACUUUUGUCAGUACAGUUCUGACAGAAAAGCAACUAUAAGGAAACAUGUAUCUGCAGUACAUGCUGGUAUCAGUAAAAAACGGCCUCUGGUAAUUGAUAGUGAUACAGAACUGCCUGCUAAAAAGUUUGCUAAAAAAACAGACGGUGACACUAAUGAUACCAGUAUUGAUGAAGAAGAAGAUGAUGAAAAUGAGCAAGAAGAGGAACUGCAGCCUUUGAAAUAUAAAGUGGUCAAGACACCAACUGGAAGCAAAAAGUUUAAAUGCACUGGUUGUGAUUAUAUGAAUCCUAAGAAAAAAAAUCUGAAGCUUCAUGUGGCCAGACACCAUAGUGUGAAGACGGAACCAGCAUUUAAGUGCUUAAGCUGUUCUUACACUUCAGCUAAUAGUUCCAAAAUGUACACCCAUUACAAAUGUCACCACCCUACAAUGAAGACUGUCAAGUUUGUGAACAAAGUUGGAGAAGUUGUAACUCAAGAUAUGAAUGAAAGGUCAUCUCCAGGAAAGUUUUCAAGGUCAUCGUGUAGUCCUGCCAGAACAUACACAGAAUCUGGAUCUAGUGAUGCUUCACCAGUCAACCAGUCAAACAAAGUUAAAUGGAGUGACCAGAUACAAUUGUACUAUAUUGUAGUUACUCUGGAAUAG